AUGCUUCCUACGUUAGACAUUCUUGCAAGAUCCCUAGAUAGCCUCCAUUUUUUAUUCUUUCAGUUAAUCUUUUUCUUUGCUUAUCACCAUCUGCUUAACAUUCCAAGUUUAUCCACAGUCGUGUUUAAAUAUCUUUAUGAAAAGACAUUAUCAUCACAAAAACCGCAACUAUUAAAAUCUAAUAAAACCAAAAUUGAAGAAUCGAACGAUGUUGAUCCUCCAGAAGUGAUUAAAUCCAGAGAUGUCAUCAAAACUUUUACUAAGACACCAUUGAUAGUAGCCAGUGAGCGUUGUUUUGUUUCAUACAAAAAAUCGGCAGAACCUGAAGCUGACAAUUCAAGAUUUUUAAAUUCAAUGUUAACCGAAAUUUUAAACCUGGUCGAUCAGAAAAAUUUCGAAUGGCGACUAUUACAUGAAGACAAGAACACAGAUAUGAAGAUUUAUCAACAUUCAUCGAUAAAUUAUUGCUAUAAAGUUGUGAGCACCAUGGAUAAUACACCAGAGACAACCUAUGAUUUAUUGGCUGAUGUCACUCGAAGAUCGGAAUGGGAUCAUUUGGCAAAAGAAGGAAAAGUUUUGGAAGUUACUGGAGAGUCUACCAGAGUUCAUUACUUUCGUACGAAAGCUAUGUUUCCAACCUUAGCUCGGGAUGCAGUCACUUUAGCAUAUGGAACACAACUUGACGAUGGAAGAAUGGUGCAUGUUAACAAAAGUAUUGAACACAAACUAUCACCUAAUGAACCUGGGGUCAUUAGAAUUCAUGUUAAUUGUGCUGGAUUCGUUGUCGAGCCCAUUAAGAGUCAACAAAAUAAAUGUUAUUUGACACAAAUAAUCGAUGCUGACCCUAAAGGAUGGGUGCCCAAAUAUGUUAUAUCUUUAAAGGAAGCUGUUAAUGAAACAAAUAAAUCGUCAAUUGGAAGGCCUGGAAAUGCACCGGGAGGGAAUGAAUUUUGGAAGUCAUUUAUACAGAAAAUAGCGACUAUAGGAGAUAAUACCAAAGGUAGAAGCGGUAAAAUUUUUAUAACCACUGUUACUUAUGCUGCUGUGAUCAUAUUUGGAGUUCGUAAAUGGCGUAGUAAAAACUCUGUAUAA